AUGUGCUGUUCAUUCUCAUUCUUCGCUCUUCCACUGCUCAUUUCUUUUCUUUUAAUCUCUUCUGUCUCCACAAACCAAAAUGCAAGUAAAAACCAUCCCGACAAGAAUCUGUUUCGUAGUAACAUGGAUCCACUCGAACUAGAAACUUUGUUCAAGAUUAUGGAGUCUAUGUCAUCUGAUCAAAACUGGAGAAUUUCACACCCAAACCCAUGUAGUCCAGGCUCUUCUUGGCUAGGAAUUGAGUGCAAAGCAGGAAUUGAUAACCAUUUUCAUGUUACCAGGCUUGAUUUUGGUACCCCACCAAAUCCAACUUGCAAGAACGCUGCAACAUUCCCUCCAGAAAUUUUUGAACUCCCAAAUCUGGAAUCCAUUUUCAUUUUCCAGUGUUUCAGUCAUACGCAGACAGCAAUUUCUUUUCCGAUAGACAAGAUUUCCAGUUCUUUACAGCAGCUUAGUUUGAGAGCAAAUUCGGCACUUAUUGGCUCAAUCCCACGUCAGUUUUCUUCUCUUAAAUCUCUUCAAAUCCUCACAUUGUCACAAAACAGGCUAACAGGCAGAAUCCCAGUUGAUAUUUUCAGCUUGAGUUCUCUUUUACACCUUGAUUUGAGUUAUAACACGCUGACAGGCGUGAUCCCAUUUCAAAUUGGAAACCUCAGGAGCCUUUUAGGCUUGGAUUUGAGCUAUAACAGGCUGACAGGGCCAAUACCUGCCGCAAUUGGCCAGCUUUUGGUGCUUCAAAAGCUCGACUUUAGCUCUAAUUCUCUCACUGGAAGCAUUCCAGACAGUAUUCAGCAGCUGAAUUCUUUAAUUUUCUUGGCAUUAAGCAACAACAAAUUACGCGGAAGGUUUCCAAGGGGCCUCACGGAGCUGCAAAAUCUGCAGUACCUCAUAAUGGAUGACAAUCCAAUGUUCAUACCAUUGCCCCCGGAAUUUGGCCGUCUCAGAAAAUUGCAAGAACUCAGGCUUGCCAAUUCUGGAUACUCCGGCACAAUCCCUCCAAUUUACUCACAGCUGACGAAUCUAAGCGCCCUGUCGUUGCAAAACAACCGACUAAUGGGCAUAAUUCCUACCGGAUUUGGCAAUCUGUCUCACAUAUAUCAUCUGAACUUGAGCAGAAACUUUCUGGGUGGUGUUGUGCCAUUCAAUUCAAGUUUCCUGAAAAGGCUUGGCAGGAAUUUGGAUCUUAGUAGUAAUCCAGGGCUGUGUUUGAGUCCAUCAGAAGCAUUUGGUGUCAAUCUUGGAAUUGAUGUUUGUGGAAGUAACAAAAGUGCAUCUUCUAUCAGGCCAUCGAAGAAAUCUGAAGCUCCAUUUCAAUGCCCUAAACCAUUUACUCUUACUACUUUUUGGGUUUUUCUAGCAUUGCAUCAUAUAUUGUUUUCUGUUUAG